AUGCCAGCGAAUACGAAAAGCUCGGACUCCGCGGCGGCGACCAAGCCGCCGACGCCGUCGCCCCCGCAGCGCGCAGCUUCGUCGCAAGCCUCUGCUCGCAAGAAAGAGGCCCGCAAGGCGCCACAUGCAGCCCCGGGCGGCACCAGCGUGAGCAUGAGCAAAAAGGCGGCGGACGACGCAUUGGGAGGCGGCGCGGGUCUGUCCAACGGCGACCUGUUCGCACGUAACCUGUCGGUUAUGAGUGUGGCACACAUCGCACGCGGCGUGGGCUUCGACGCCGUGCAGAAGUCGGCGGCAGACGCGCUGACGGAGAUUCUAGCCAAGUACAUCCAGCGUAUAGGAGCAUCUGCCAAGGAGAUCGCAGAGCUGGCAGGACGCGCCCAACCCAAGGCAACAGACGUCGUGCAAGCGUUCCAGGACUUAGAGCCCGCUCCAGUGGAGAUGAAAGACCUCGUGAAGGCCUUAGAGACUGCCAAGCGGCCAUUCCCGCGUGAUGUACCUGCUUUCCCGGCCAGGAAGAGAGACAUCUCUGGAAAUACUAUUGAGCAGACCAAGAUCGGACGACGAGAGACCCUUCCGCCUCAUGUUCCGAGCUUCUUGCCGCCUCUGCCUAACCGCCACACGUACAGCUCCGACAGUCGCCUGGUGGUGGAGAGAGAGCAAGACACAAAGCGUCAACGACUUGAACUGCUCAGUGAGAAGGCUCACGUGCGCCAGUCACUUCACGGACUGCAGACUGUGGCUGCUAAAAAACCGGCAGUUAUUGUGCAUCAGCCGACGUGGAACGCGUUCCAAGGCUCGACAGGAGACAAUGCCACGGAGAACCCGUUCGUUCAGGCUCCUAUUGUCAGUCCGGCAGCUAAGAGCAUUUUCUCCGGACCAGAUCGGGACUUUGUGCCGACUGUUGAUAGAGAGAAAGCGCAGUCGAAGAACCAGCUGGAGAACAAUGUCACCAUUCCGAAGCUCUCGAGCCAGCGUCGCUGGCUCAGGUGA